AUGUGCCACCCACACCUGCCAGCUCCUCCGCUACAUGUGCCACCUACACCUGCCAGCCCUACGCAACACGUGCCACCCACACCUGACCGCGAUCCAUUAACAUAUUGCCAGCCACACCUGCCAGCCCUCCUGUCACACGUGCCACCCACACCUGCCAGCCUUCCAUGCACAUGUGCCACCCACACCUGCCAGCACUCCCGCAACAUGCCACCCACACCUGCCAGCCCUUCCAACAUGUGCCACCCACACCUGCCAGCCCUCCUGACAACAUGUGCCAGCCACACCUGCCAGCCCCUCCUGCAACAUGUGCCAGCCACACCUGCCAGCCCACCCGCAACAUGUGCACCCACACCUGCCAGCCCUCCUGCAACAUGUGCCAGCCACACCUGCCAGCCCUCCGGCAACAUGCGCACCCACACCUGCCAGCCUUCCUGCCACAUGCAGCAGCCACACCUGCCAAUCCUCCGCAACACGCCAGCGACACCUGCCAGCCCAUGGCAACAUGUGCCAGCCACACCUGCCAGCCUUCCGCAACAUGUGCCAGCCACACCUGCAAGCCUUCCUGUAACAUGCCAGCCACACGUGCCAGCCUCACGCAGCACGUGCACCCACACCUGCCAGCCCUCCCCAGCAGGUGCCUCCCACACCUGCCAGCACUCCUGCAGCAUGCCACCCACACCUGACAGCCCUCAAUUACUACACCACCCACACCCGCCAACCCUCCCUGCAACAUGUGCCACCACACCUGCCAGCCCUCCUGCAACAUGUGUCACCCACACCUGUCAGCCUCCCAAAGCCACCCACACCUGA